UGUGUGAAAUUGUCAUUUGUCACUUGGCAGGCGGCAGGAAUCUGUGAGCACAACACACCCAGUUGUCAAACAGGAAACCCUCACAUGUUUGCCAACCUCGGGUCUGUAUGGCUAGCCACACCAACAAAAGCUGUGGCAUUAGGAAGCUGGGGACAGUCUCAACAGACUUGGUUUGACGAAGAAACUGUUCUCUGAAAAAGAAGCGGUUCCUGGUGACAUUCCCAUGUCUGGUAGCUGAGAGGAGCAUCUCCUGGGGCAGAGGUAAAAUGGGACAAAAGGCCUCCCAGCAGGCUCGGAGAAGCCUGGCUCCAAAGGACAGCCAGGAGGUUCUCGCCAUGUGCGAGGUGGUCAGCGCAGCCGUCGCCCACGCAGCGCAGAAGCUGAAGGAGUACCUCGGGUUUGAGUAUCCACUGAGCAGUCUCGGCCUUGCAGCGAGUACGCUGAAUGAGCUCUUCCUCGUCCACUUCAUCACUUUCUGCCAGGAGAGGGGGGCCGAUGAGUGGCUCACCACCACCAGGAUGACCAAGCACCAGGCCUUGCUGUUCGGAGCAGACUGGAUUUGGACCUUCUGGGGACCUGAUAAGCAGAUACGGCUUCAGGUGGCAGUGCAGGCCCUGAGGAUGACUGCCCCUCCUCCUCUGUGGGACCCCAAAUCCUGUGAGUCAAAGGGAGAGGAGUGUUGGAAGAAAGGCAGAUUUGAGAAGCUGGAAGAGUUCUGUACCUUGGUGGGAGAGGACUGUCUGGGCCUGUUUAUCGCCUUCGGUGUCCCUGGGAGGCCUAAAGCCAUCAGGGGCGUUGUCCUGGAGAGCGUCAGAAGUGUCAUGGUGGGGAACCAGCUGCCGGGGCGCAAGGCUGUGGAACAGUUCGUGCUAGAGACGGAGGAUUGUGUCUCCAUCAAGGAGCUGCUGGGAAACUGUCUGAGUAAGAGCAAUGGACCGUGUGACAUGGGCAAGGUUUAUAUUAGCAUUCUCUAAAGGGGGCAUGCUGCUGUGACUGUCUGUAAGAUAAAACAGAAAAGGAAUCUGCAGAGUGGGACUAUCCCCCCCAGAGUGACUGAAAGUGAUUACCUCGGGCAAACCUUGUUCAUGUCACAAUUCUGGAAAGGAAAAAGAAAAAGAAAACGCUAGAUAUAUCUUGGGGAAAUUUUAAUUUAGUCUUUGUUUAUUCCAAAAUGAAAACUUGGGGAGAAAAUGAUAAGGUUAUGCAUAAAUUUUGAUUUGCAAAACAAAAGUUGUCUUUGUUUGAACUUGUCUCAUAGCCAUAAGCCUAAAACGUUAUUGCUGUUGUCUGAGGAGCAACUACUGAGCAAGUGUAAGGACAGCUAGGGUGCCAGUCUUCCCAUGCUGGUCCCCCGAGCUGAGCCUCCACUUAGGCUCCUUCCCAGUAACUCUACAUACAGGACUUUGAAAAGAUUAAAUUUAGGAUUAAGUUGGAUGUUACCUUUACCCGUGAUUUACUAAGUCACCUGUGAAAGAAUUCCCUGUUACAAUGUCUGUGUUUGCAGUAACAAAUAUGUCUUUAAACAGAACAGUCAUUUAUGCUGAAGAGUCUUUGUAGGCUUAACAAUACAAGGAGUAAUGGCCAUUAUUUAUUGAGCUCGUGUUGGGCCUAGUGAUUUGCAUAUCUUAUAACGUACAUUUAAGGCUCUAAUAAGAACUAGGUAUUUGUUUCUAUUAGUCAAAUCAAAGAUGUGUGGUAUUCCCAAGUCAUGAGUUGUUAACAGAAAGUCAGUUUCCACCCAAGGCUCCAACUUGUCUAGCAAUGCAUGAAGUAGAUUUGCCUCUUAGCAGCUGCAAGUGCUGUGAUCACAGACGUUGUGUCCCCUGCAAGGAAGCUGGUGGUUGUCUGCCUCUUCCUCACUCCUCAUAUUCUGCACUGUCCCUUAUUUGUUUGUUUGUUUGUUUGUUUGUUUUUAUUUUUGAGACAAGUUUUCUCUGUGUAACAGUCUACCGGUCCUGGAACUCACCUUGUGGACCAGACUGGCCUCAAACUCACAGAGAUCCUCCUGCUUCUGCAUCUCAAUUACUGGGAUUAAAGGUGUGCGCACCACCACUGCACAUCUUAGCUUGUGCCCUAGAGUGCAACCCUUGUCAAACAUGGUCUGAAGUGGUGUGGUGCUACAGCACAUUAUCCCAGCACUGGGGAGGCUGAGGUAGGAUCGCUGUGAGUUUGAGGCCCAGCCUGGGGUACAUGGUGAGCUCCAGGUCAGCAAAGCUUAUGCAGCGGAACCUGUGUCCAAACAAUGCGAACCAAGUAUCUCCACACUCACCCUCCAAAAACAUUUUUUCAUUCUGACAGGGCUUCCCAUGGACCUGGUCCUGACUGUGUUUGGAAACCUAGAGCGCCUGCAAAGCUAGAUGACAUCACUGUGAGCAAGAUGGUAGCAGGGAGCAUACCAGGCUGCCAUCUAAGUAAGAAGUGCAUGUGAUGUUAGGAUCUGUGUCACUGGGACAUGUCUGUUCUAUGGAGUCUGUUCCAGGACUACUAACCAGGCAAAGUUGUUGAAUAAGGAGAAGGUCAGACAUGAACCCUGUGUUCUCUCAUUCUGUCUACUCAAUCCCUGAGCUGGGUUUUCUCAGGUUGCAAGUUUCUCUCUCCACUGACUCCAGUCUUUGGUACCAAUUCUGGGGCUCGGGCAUCUAGUUAUCAAUAUCCAGCACGUUGCCAGCAGCGCUUACCUAAUUGACUCCACCCUUCUCAACAGGCCACUGUCACUUCCCAGGGUACUUCAGUAAUCUUUUUUGCUUUGUCCCUCUCCUGCCUCCAUUCCACUGUAUAAAUAUCGUUUCUUCUAUUAAACUUCUGGGAUGUGCCAUUUGAUUUCUUCUAGCAUCCUAAUGCCUCCUGGUUUUUCCAUUCAAAGGUUGAGGAUGACAGGAGUGGGAAGGGUGUGACCCAUACCUGCACUCUGGAGGCUGAGGCAGGAGAAUUCUCACAAGUUCAUAUCCAGCCUAUGUACACUUUCAAGAACAAAACAAAGAUGGCAAUACCUGUUUUGUAGUGCUGCUAUUGAUGAUCUAAAAUCCAGAGUCUUCUGUAGGUGAAUCAAAGAAUUCCACAAUAGCCGGGAAUGGAGUAUAACAAAGGUUUAUUUAUUUGGGGAUAAACUCACAGUCCUCUGUGUGUGCUGGAAACUGGGAACUGAAUCCAGCAGGAAAAAAAGGGACCACACAUGCUUCCUGUCUGCAUUUACAGUACCUGAGACAGUGCUCAAAAUGGGCAGUAUCUAAAAGUUAUUGGCUGAAGUUCUCACAAUACCUCCUUCUUUUGUCUAAAUAAGAGGGUUCUAAGUCUAAUACAAAACUAUAUACAAUAAGAAUAAAUACCUAGUAUU